UACCUCACACGCAGCCAAAGCUGUUGAGUGACGAGCACAUAAAGGAUUAUGAAAGAUUACUAGGAUUUUAUGUGCUUACAGAAUGAUAAGGGGAAUUUUGGAAACUGGUUGGGGCUUCGGGGUUGGAUAGGGUAGUAAAGGAGAAGAAAGAGAUUGAUGAGGAUGUAAAUAGUGGGGUCGAUGAGUGAAUGCCAGGGGAGAAUAUGUUGGCAAACCAGGCUAAUUCGAUCAAUGAAAGUUUUAAAAUUAAUUAAAGAAGCCUGAGCGAAUGAGAAGGUCAUGAGAAUUCAAGGUAGUGGUUAAUAAGCCUUCUUGAGGAAUUUUAGUAAGCUGAAAGAUAGGAAUAAAAAUCAAAUGUUGAUCACUCUUAGUGCUGUCAAGAUAAUGUCAGUAUACAAUCUGACGGAUUCUACUAAAAAUAGUGAAAGAAGCAGCACUGAGCGUGGUGCUCCAAAAAGAAAGGGUAUAUCCUCAGACUUAAACAUAAAAUUAAACCCAAUUCCAAAAUCAGGGAACUCGAUGCUAAAUACUUCAUGUAACAAUAACUCUAUCUCUUCUCUGAAACUAAGUGAGAAGAAUUGUCAGACUGAUUUAAUAAAUCAAACUAAAUGCGACCCUGUUUAUUCAUCUCUCUUGCGAUCGGAGUCAUACUAUAAAUUCUAAUAAAGAACAGACAAUUCAGAAAUGUAGAUCUUUAAAAUGAUAUCUUCAACUGGGAGGAAGCAAAAAGAGACCCCCAAGUAUCCAAGAGAAUAUUUCAGAAUACUCCUUUUAAGAACAUUAAACUGUCUUCUCGGAAGUAUCAAUACAAAGGAACUUCUGGGCUUUCAAAUCUAGAACAUGAAAAAUUCGGAGGAAAAUGAAGAUUCGCUGAGAAAUCUAGAGAUAUGAACCGCAAAGAGAAAGUCUGUGAUAAAGUCUCCAGCUUAGCAAGGAACAAUGAGGAUUCCAAACAGUUCGUGAUGCCAUCCUCAGCUAUAUUGACAACUCAAAUACUGAAUAUGGAGCUUAUGAAUGUCGAAAAUUAAGGUUACUCAACUCAAUUGAUGAAAAUAAAGAUCUUGAUCUAUUGAAGAAUAAAUUCAGAGAAUCUCAGCAUAAGAGGAAAAGAGAAGCCUCACAAAUAAUGAACAAGGGAUUUUAGGGAAAUUAAUGGAAGUCAAAAUUCUUUAGACUUACAUUUCAAAAAUAAACCUCAGAUAGUUCCAGAACAAGAGCCUAGUAUUGAAGAAAAAGUGCCAGCAACAUUCCAAAAGCUCGGAGGUAAAAAUGAUGAUGCACAGAAAUUUCAAGUGUACUUAUCAGCAGAGUGUAAUAUUUGUUCCCGGGUGGAGAAUAUUUGUGAUAAAAAUCAAGGAAUUAAUACAGAAGCAAUGAAGCCAUUAUCUAUAAAACCAAAAGAGUAUGCUUCUAUAUUCAAGACCAAGAACGUAAAUUAAUACCUCAAAGCAGGGAUGUAAGAAGCCUACAAUCAUCACUACUGAGAAAAGAAGGCGUCUUGUGCAGUAUAAGUGUAAAACUCAGAAAAAAUUAGAGUUUACCUUUAUCCAAAGAACUUAUCUCAAUAAUUUUUCAACUUUUUAUCUC